UGUUCUAUCGACAAUGAAGUUGUUUGUCAAAAUAAUUUUGGUACUGUCUGCCAUUUACGUUCGCGAGGCAGCAUGUCAAGAGAACGGUACAUCUGAAGUCGCUGAUAGCGCAACAAAACUUGAAAUUACUGAUGUGCCAAAUGUUGUUGUCAUCUACACUCUUCCAUGUUCGAGUAGUUUAGAAUGUGAUGCUAUUUAUUGCACUGGAAUUAUUUUAUCCGCCGGGUAUGUAGCAACAGCGGCCAGUUGCGUAACAAUUCCAAAUACCAUAACCACCUAUAACACAACGCAAAUUUUUGCGGGCGGAAAAGGACCUGGAACUGCCGAGCAAACAAGAGGUAUCUCAAAUUACUUAAUUCAUUCCAAUUACGAUCCAACUUCGUGUUGCGGCAAAUUUCCAUAUGACCUUGUCGUGUUGCAACUGAGUUCCUCCUUAACGCUUGGACCGAAUGUCACGGUAUCGAAAAUAGCGACGACAGCUCCUAAAAUUGGCGAUACCUUGUAUGCCGUUGGCUUGGGCGAAGAUUAUACGCUCGAGUAUGUGACGACGGAGGUGAAUUGCUCGUACGAGUGCUUCAAGACGAACAAAUGUGCCCGCGAUGCCAAUUAUGGAGCGACAAUUUGCGCGCAACGAGAAGGUGUCACAGUUUGCGAUAAUUGGUACAAAGGGGGUCCGUUCUUUUUGAAGGAUCAGCAAACGGUUGCUGCGCUCAUUUUGGGACCUUUGAAACCGUCGUGCAUCAAUGGCGGCGUGAAUUAUGGCGUGGCUCUCAGUGAAUUUCUCGGAGCUUUGGCACCAUAUACGUAAAUAUAAAAAAAUAUGAAAAAAUUUAGGCCGUUUCAAUUUUUUUUCUAUGUUUUUGUCCCAUUUUAAAAAUUGAAAAUCCAAUGAAAAAAUAAUAAAUAAAUAAAAAUUUAAAAGUUUGUCAAAAUUGACUGUUUUUUUAAUCUUUU